AACGACAGCACGAUCCUGGCCAUCUUCAAUGAUACUGUGUUCAGGAGAUUUCUCAGGCCUGGAAAGUUAGAUUUGCCAUAAUAUGGCAACAAUCACAGCGAGGCGAAAUCAAGACAAGAUCGCCGAGAAUCUAGAACGCGAGACUCACUUCUCGGGAGAGGAGGUCAAGAGCUUGCUAGGAAUGUUUGAAGCUAAUUCAAAGAAUGGGAAAAUGGACAGGACAACAUUUAGAGACAUAUUGUAUAAUGAUUUUGGACUGACAGAGGAUAUCAUUAUGGACAGAGUAUUCCGAGUUUUUGAUGAGGACAAUGAUGGAAAUCUUAAUAUGAAGGAGUGGGUUUGUGGCCUGUCAAAGUUUCUCAAGGGAACAUUUAAGGAGCAAAUGGACUUUUGUUUUAAUGUGUAUGACCUCAAUGGCCAGGGUUUCAUAUUACGAGAACAAAUCCAACACAUGUUGAAAGAGUGCAUGGUCAAGUCAUCAACUGAAGAAGAUGCAGAUGAACAAGUAAAAGACCUUGUUGAUUUAUCUUUGAAGAAAAUGGAUGAGGACAAAGAUGGAAAAAUUUCACUAAAGGAUUUCAAAGCUGCAGUAACAAAGGAGAAACUUCUUCUGGAGAUAUUUGGAAAAUGUCUGCCAGGAUCCAAGGAAACAACAAAAUUUCUUCUGAAUUUUACAAGCUGUUAAUAGUAAAGAAUGCCAAUUUAACUACCAUUAGAAAGGACAGACUGUUCUUUGCAUGUAAUGUAGCCCAACUUUGAUAGUUGUUGAAUUUAAAAUAAUGAAGAGGUAGAAUCAUUCCGCACUGAAACAUCUGUUUCUUCAAUCAGCAUCAUUAAAUGUUGCUGCAGGUAGUGAAGGAACAUUUUUUCUUAAUGGUACAUUUAAAAAAAUUGUAUUUAAGACAUCCAUUGUAAAUAGAAACUGGAGAGAGUGGAUGCAUAGGCAUGUAUGCAAUCAUUCUGGUUUUGUGAAAUAAAAAUGUGUAUGUUUAGUCAUACUUGUCUGAUGAACAAUAAAGAAUGCCUCCCCAGUUCUUUUGAAACUGCUA